AGCAGAUAUGUUCUUGCAGCAUCAAAACAGAACUUCAGUCUGCUGACAGAGGAAGGCAGUGGCGGAUUGGAUCUGAGUCUGACUGACAGAUAUCAGUAGUCUGCUGUCGCACGGAGCUUUCCGGAGUUGAUCUUGAACGGUCUGUCAUUCCAGCGCGCAAUGAAAGAUCAAAACUACUCCGAAGAAGUUACUAAAAUACUGGAGGAGGCCCCUUCUGCUCGCAACGUACUUUUAGAAAACUACAGCAAUUUAUACAAAGUAGCGGACUACUGCGAGAGCAACUACCUACAGUCUGGAAAUGACACCACCAAAGCCCUGGAGGAGACCAAGGCCUUCACUACUCAGUCCUUGGCUAGUGUGGCCUAUCAGAUUAGCUCUAUGGCCACCAAUGUGCUCAAGCUUCUGGAUGCACAGACCCUGCAGCUCCGCAAGAUAGAGUCCUCCAUCAACCAGAUCGGACAGACAGUGGACAUGCACAGGGAGAAGGUGGCCCGCAGAGAGAUCGGCGCUUUAACCAUUGUCAAGAGGAUUCCACGCAGUCAUAAGAUUGUCUCCCCAACAAAAAAUAAAGAAGCCACACUCAAGUACUCCCGCACACCCAUCUCUUUCUCUAGCCUGGACUCAAUUGGCCAUGGGAUGAAGGAUUCUGACCAGGUGCAGUUAAAAACAGCUACCAUGACACGGAGCGCCAGCAUCCGGAGUCGAGGCAGCCGUCCACCUGAGCCUGUCCAGUGUCCUGUGGCACCCACUCUCUCUCAUGGAGCGUCCCUUACCUCACUCAAUGACAAGUCCAUUGCUAAAGCCGUGCCGCCUCCUGUAGUGCCCAGCUGGCCCACCAGCCCUGAUGUUGAUAACGUCAGCAUGCUGCUGGAAGAAGGACCACCUCCUCCAACCCCACUGAUGGAGGAAGAGGGCGAACAGGAUCAUGGACAGGAGACUGGUCUACCCCCACCUCCACCACCUCCUCCCCUUGAUUGUAGCAACCUCCCCCCACCUCCUCCUAUGGUGAAUACACCUGAGCCCAGCAGCCCGAUGACAGUACCACCUCCAUCACCACCUUCUCCUCUUGAUUGUAGCAACCUCCCCCCACCUCCUCCUAUGGUGAAUACACCUGAGCUUAGCAACCUGAUGACAGUACCACCUCCUUCACCACCUCCUCCUUUUGAUUGUAGCAACCUCCCCCCACCUCCUCCUAUGGUGAAUACACCUGAGCUUAGCAACCUGAUGACAGUACCACCUCCAUCACCACCUCCUCCUCUUGAAACAGUGGCCGAGGAGAAUGGAUUUCCUCUGCCAGAAGACAUGCCUCCUCCACCGGUCCCUGAUGGCCUUGAUCUUCCAACCCCACCACCUCCGCCGUGUGAUGGGAACAUUGAAGCUCCACACUCUCGCCGGUCACAAGUGCGAUGUCAUCCUCCAAGCUUUUGCUCGCUGUCUCUGAGGGUUAGCAUGGGCCCCAGCGCUCGCUCGCGGUACAUGCGCUCGCUUUGUCUGCCUUCUGCUCAAUCACAUAAGGCCCCACUCCUUCCUGAGACCCGAUUGGUUAAUGCCACCUCUCAGAUUUUAUCAUCAAAUAUAUUGAUACCAUGUACCAAAAAUAGGUUCUUAUUUAGCCAUGCAUACCGUUCCGAAGACCAUUUAGUUUAGCAGUUGCAUUUUUAUUGUUCGGCCCUUAAAAAAAAAAAUCUUCAAUUGGUUCUCUCACACUUCUCUUGAUAAACACCUGUAAGUCCACCCCCUCCAUACUCGCCUUCUCUGGCUCGGUCUGUUUCAUUCAGCCCAUUGUGCAGGAUCCCUGCUCGCCUGGAGCACCUGGGGGGAAGUGAGGCCUCUCUGUGCAUUGCUGUCUGACGCUCUUCUCUUCCUUUAUAUUUGUCACUUCCCCAUCAGCACAUCACUUCUCAUAUCACGGCAUCCUACACACAACAGGACACUCCAUCUACAUCCUCCACAAGUUCGAUCUCUCUUUUGAAAACUCAAAUGAGUCGAGUGAUUUUAAAAAAAUAGUUCUGCCAAAAAAGUCAUGAUUUUCAUCAUGACUCACCAUCAUGUCCAUAAAAACAUGUAAGCUGCAAAAAGGACAAAGAACAAUCAAAUAGGAAUCAUAAAAAUAAUCCUUGCAAUUUAUGCACUACAGCGUUGUUGUUGUAAUUAACUAAAACUAUUACCAAAAUUGAAGAGCAGGUGUUCAACCAACAAUAGAAAAGAUUCAGCAAAAAAUAAAAAUAAAUAAAUAAAUAACAUAAGACUGACCUAUAAAAUAGAUCUAAAACAAGGAAAAAUUAUACACUGUACAAAAAAAAAAGAAACAAAAAAAUUUAAAUAGACAUAUUUGGAUGCUAUAGUGGAGUAGAGGAACAUAAAAUAGUACUGGUGCGUUAUAUUGCAAGUCUUCUGAAACCAUAUGAUAGACUUUUGUUGACUUUGGUGAACCAUCACUGUAAAGGUGAAGUGUGUCAUUUCUAGUGUCAAAAAAUGGAAUCUCGAAAUAACUGCAAUAAUUAUUAUUAUUACUAUUUUAUAAAAUGAGAAAUAUGUUGGUAUUAUUUGUAUUGUUUGAUGGUCAGUGUGGGCUUCCAUAUGUUUUAAAUGGGAAAAAAAAAAUCACAAUUUUAUUUGAUGUGGCACGGAAAUUACCCACAUUUCCUUCAAACACACUUAUGAUCAUAAUGGUGCAUUUGCACUUUGCCAGUUUUGUCAUUUAUG